AUGAGCUUGAAUUACUACAACAGCCUCCCGGCCAAGAAGGUUCUCAUUUGGGGAGCUGAUGAAAGUGAAGGAUUGGAAAUGGCCAAGUUCGUGCACUCUCGCUGCGCCCUGCUCCUUCUGGUCGGCAAAGAUGCUCAGGCGGAACCGCCGCGUCCGGCAGGAUGCUGCAAGAUUGGCAUUAUCCAACCUGAUCAACCUGGCUUCUUAGGAUGUGCCAACAUGUUCCAACUACAUUCUAGAGUCUCUGUGGUUCAAGAAUUGUUGGAUAGGUGGAGGAUGCCAUGCCCACAAUGA